AAUCGUGGCCAUUCCUACGUGUAGAGUGGCUCGAAAUUUUUUCUUUUUCGUUUUGCUUAUAAAUAUUGUGAGAAAAAGUUGUUUGAAAGAAACCCAAAGAAAGUAAAAAAAAAAAAUUGUUUGGUCUUAAAAUAUAGAGGAAAUUUUGGAGUAUUGGUAUAUUGUGGUCAUAUCAUAUUCUUCGUGUAGUGUUUAUAAUUGCAAAUCGUUCCUUUGCCGAUAAUUAUCUACAAGUUGAAAAUCGGUAGUCGAAGCGUAAAAUUGGAACAGCGAAGUUGAGCAACUCCUACGUGACUUCUCUUUGAUGGAUGAAGUGAUUGUAUUAGAUAGUGACAACGAGCAGGACCAAUCAUCCGACAUGGAAGUAGAGACACUAGAAUUGGAUUCCGAGCAAAUCGUUCCCAAGGACAAUGCUACUAUUGCAGAGGAGAAAAAAAAGCUUGGCAAUGACCAGUACAAAGCACAGAAUUACCAGGCUGCACUUAAGCUCUACUCCGAUGCCAUUCAAUUGUGUCCCGACUUCGCUGCUUACUAUGGCAACCGCUCUGCCUGCUACAUGAUGCUUUCUAACUAUAUCAAUGCAUUGAACGACGCCCGUCAGGCUGUGAGAUUAGAUCCAAAAUUCGAGAAGGCAUACGUACGCAUCGCCAAAUGCUGCUUGCUAAUGGGUGAUAUGGUCGGUUGCGAACAGGCUAUCAAAAAAGUGUUGGAUUUGGACUCGCAAAGUAAUGCUGUUAAAUCAGAGCAACAGGGAUUGCAGCAAUUGCGUCAGCUGGAGAAGACGAUACAAACAAAUUACGAUUCCAAGGCUUUUCGCAAUGUUGUCUAUUACUUGGACAGCGCAUUGGCAAUAGCACCUGCCUGCCUUAGUUGAAAACUUACAAUUUGGUAUUAUCGAUAACAACUCAACCUGUAAAAAAAUUUUUGGUUGUAUUUAUAUCGUCUUACAACUUUUUUGCGGUAUUACCGUUUACCACCCUGUGCUAGUUCGGUUGACAAAAGUAUCGAAAAUCGACAACUCAUUACUAGCAGUUGUUUUGAACAAAUUUUUAAGCGAAAAUGGAAAGCGGAAAAAAUAAACUUACAACGAAACAACAGUUUGAAAACCUAGUUGAGCUGAUGGAGAAGCAUCCCGAAACUGGACGAGGCAAGCCGCAAUUUGGAAGCAGCAAAAGUAAAAGCAAGGGAUUGUGGGAGCAAUUUGCCAUAGAGCUAAACAGUUUAGGACCACCAACAAGAACUGCGCACGAGUGGGGACGAGUUUGGAUACACUAUAAGGCAAAUUUAAAAAGGAAGCUUGCCAACAAUCGCAGCAAUAUUCUUGCAACUGGUGGUGGUCCGUCGCAAGAAGUUUCUUUAAAUCCACUAGAAGAAAGUGUUGCGGAACUUAUUCAGAUAAAGGAACAAGUUGCACCCAGUGGCCGGGCGUUCGGGGUAGAGAAUAUACCACCGGUGAUGGAUGGCGAAGAAAUAGAAGACGGCUUAGUUGCAGCUUCGUCAAUGGUUGAUGAGCUCCAGGUAGCAAGCAUUGAAGAUCGGCCGUCUUCGUCAGCAUCGCGUGUACAAAAUCGCCGCAGAAGCUGCAAUUUAGAAACUGAGCGUCUAGAGCUCCUAAAAAUGCAGGCAGAAACGCAAAAAGAGG